UUUCGCUCGUCAAAGGCAGUCCUGAACCUCCUUGGAGCCAUUAUGCUUUUUGUUUGUUUUUGUUUACAAAAUCUAAAGAAACGAUUUUGAUUUUAAUAUUGUCUUAUUGUCUGCACACCCUCAUUGAAUUGAAAUGUCUGCGGAGGAGGCAAAUACUUCCCACGCAAGCAGUGGCAAUGAGGAAGGGGCUAGCAGUUCCUCAACUGCUGAAUCCUCCAAGACUAACAAUUUGAUGAGGAUCCAGCAGAGGAAACAGCAGGUUUAUAACUGGCCCAGGAACAAGAAAAUUCUUAAGCUAGCAAUUUAUUCUCACUGUCAAGCUGAUGAUUGUAAAUGCAAUGGUUGGAAAACCCCUCAGCCAAAGUCACCGCAGAACAAAGACGAGUCUGUGCAGCAGCUGGCUAACUUCCAAGAUCCCUGCCGGCACUGCAAACACACACUGCAGUUUCACGUGAAACACUUGGAGCCUCUAGGAGACAGUGUCCUUAACAGACUACUUGGAAUGGUUGUUGAUGUUGAAAAUAUCUUUAUGAGCAUGAACAAGGAACUUGAUUCAGACACAAAAAGGGUCUACUUCUACCUGUUUAAACUGUUGAGGAAAAACAUUUUAACGAACCAAAAGCCAAUCAUAGAAGGACCAUUGGGUCAACCACCUUUUGAAAAACCAAGCAUGGCUAGAGGGGUGACAAAUUUUGUGCUGUACAAAUUCGGGAAUCUUCCAGCAAACGAGUGGCAAACUAAUUACGACUUGGCCAAAAUGUUCUUGCAUUGUCUCAACCACUGGAACUUUGAGAGCCCGACCUCCCAUCUGAGUAACCUUAAUUGUGAUGAGCUUUCCACUUACAAAAUCAAUUACACAAGGUGGUUAGUGUUCUGCCAUGUGCCAGCCUUUUGUGAUUCGCUCCCUCAUUAUGAGACGACAGAGGUGUUUGGAAGAACAUUUUUGAAGGCUGUUUUCCAGACAGUUUGCAGACAACUCAUGGAAAAGUGCAACAAUGAGAGGGACAGAAUGCCACCUGAUAAGAGAGUCCUUGUUCUUACUCAUUUCCCUAGAUUCUUGGCAAUGCUUGAGGAGGAAAUCAACAACACUGCUUCUCCGAUUUGGGACGCAGAGUACAAACCAGUCGCUCCUCUUUAUUUGGCAGCUCAGGUUGACAAUGCCGAAAAAGUUGCUGCCACUAAGUCUGAAGAGUUUGAAAAACUCAAUCCCACUGCCAAGUCUGGCUUUACAACCAUCACAAUCAACUCUGGCACAGGACGACGGAGGAUUUCAGAGAGCUCUGAGCAGAUUGAUGCAAAGAAGAAGAAAAUAGCAGACGUGCCUGAAAAAAUAGUCACUGAAGUUCUCGCCACGAUCAACAAUCCUGUGUCAACAGGUGCCGAGGUAGCCGUGUUUCCUGAAAACGCACCAAGGGAUGAAGCAGCCAAAUUGGAGGAGCAGAAAGGUGUCAUUUCAUUUGUUGUGGUGGGAAAUUCAAUCACCAGACCUGUCAGCAAGCAAACAAUCACCUGGCUGAUUGGCUUGCAAAAUGUAUUUUCCCACCAGCUGCCUAGAAUGCCCAAAGAGUACAUCUCCAGAUUAGUUUUUGAUCCGAAACACAAAACGUUGGCUCUCCUGAAGGAUGGUAGAGCCAUUGGAGGUAUUUGCUUCAGGAUGUUUGUCACCCAGGGCUUUACUGAGAUCGUCUUCUGUGCUGUCACAUCAAACGAACAAGUGAAAGGCUAUGGCACACACUUGAUGAACCACCUGAAGGACUACCACAUUAGACUCAACGUUUUGCACUUCUUAACGUUUGCUGAUGAGUUUGCCAUUGGCUACUUCAAAAAGCAAGGGUUCAGCAAAGAGAUUAAAAUGCCUAAGGCACAGUACAAUGGCUUCAUCAAGGACUAUGAAGGUGCCACCUUGAUGCACUGCCACCUAAAUCCCAGGAUUGUUUACACAGAGUUUACCUCAGUCAUUAGGAAACAGAAAGAAAUUCUGAAGAAACUGGUCGAGCAGAGGCAAGCAGAGUUUCAAAAGGUGAUGCCUGGGCUGAACUGCUUCAAGGAUGGAGUUCAUUCGAUUCCCAUUGAAAGCAUUCCUGGAAUCCAAGCAACGGGCUGUUUGCCGUCUCUGAAAAAUAAAAUCAAGGCUCAGGCUGACAACAUUGAUCCAGAAGUUUUGGUCAUCCAGCUUCGCACCAUUUUGGGCCAGUUAAAGACGCAUCAUGCAGCUUGGCCAUUCUUGAAGCCUGUUGAUAUUAAUGACGUGCCAGACUACUAUGAUCACAUUAAGUACCCAAUGGAUCUCAAGACAAUUGAAAACCGACUGAAGACAUCAUACUAUGUGAACAAGAGGCUUUUCAUUGCGGACAUGAAUAGAAUCUUCACUAAUUGUCGGCUCUACAACAGUCCUGAAACUGAAUAUUUCAAGUGUGCUAAUUUGCUUGAGAAAUUCUUCCAAUCUAGAAUGCGUGAGGUUGGAUUGAUGGAGAAGUAAUGACUCUGUGUGCAUUGUGAAUUUAGUUAAUUUUUAUAAUCAUUUUGUUUUAUUUUUUAUCUCUAUAAUGCUUCAACUCUUCAUGUGUAAACAAACCCUAUUUGUGUAUAAAGCAGUUUUGCAGUUUUGUUAUUCAUCA